GGAUUAUUUCUCGUCAAUAUUUCUAAUCCCUUCAGAUUGGUGGAAGUCGAGUUCCAUUCCCAGUUUCAGGGUUCCUAUUCAUUUUCUGAGGAGAUGAAGAGUUCCUUGCAAGAAAUCUCCCUCUAAAAUUAAUCUUUUCGAAUGUCCAAAUAAAAAAGGAUGUUCAAGCACCGUUUAAGGGGAUUCUCCAAAUCCUUCGGGGGUCAUAUUGAUCCUCAAAAAUCCGAAGCACUCAAAAGAACAAAAACAGAUAUGGAAACAGAGCUCAGCAGAAUCGCAAAGCUGAUUAAAAACGAAGAGCAAUGCAAAAAAGAUGGGAAGUCCAUGAAAGUGAAAGAGUUUGUGUGGCUGGUAGAGGAUUUCUACAUCCAAUCACUGUACCCACAGUACAGUCGUCUCACCGGAGAGUACGUAAAAUCAGAUCCCAGCAAAGUGGAUAAGAUGUCCUCAGCGUCUUCCUCUAGCUCCGAGUCUGAGUACUUUUCCGCAGAGGAAACGGAUUAUUAUUCAGAUAUCAGCGAUUCAAACCAAAAACCUUUCCCCAGAGAAACUGAACCUUCUACUCUUGAACUACGUAAUCCAGAGCUUCGAGUGAAACAACUCUUGUUUACACAGAACGCUGAUUUGCACAGACGAAUUUUUGAGCUUCAAGUGUUGCUGAACAAAAGCAAAGGAACGGUGUCUGUGUUACAGGGAAAACUCCAAACCAACGAGGAUCGUUCGGCGUCGAAAAUUGCUGAAUUGAUGGCACGGAUACGCGAGCUCGAACACGAGGCAAAGACGAUGCGGACGCAGAAAGGAAAAUCGGAGGAGAAGAUUCGACGCAACAGAAGCGAAGCAUUGAACCAGAAGAAGGACUUCGAUGACCAGAUUAAUGCGAUGCAACACAUGUUAGAUUCCGUGAGAAAUCAUAGCAAGGAGUUGGAGGUGCAAUUGGAGAGAACGAGAGUAGAAGCUUCGCAAUCGUGCUCGGAUUUGGCUGAAGAAAAGGAGUGUUUUCUUGCAAGGAUAAGGGAGCUGGAACUGGAAUUGGAAUCUCGAUGCAGGAAACAGCACCAUUUGGAGGAUAGAAACAAUGAACUAGAAAGAGCAAUGGCACGGCGAGUUCAAGAGAUAUCUGAACUUCGGAGGGAUCAUGAAGAUUUUAAAGAAGGAGCUACCAUGCAUGCUGAGGCUUUAAAAGCUUUGGUUGAAAAAUUAAAAACCAGUGUGGUUGAUAGUGAGGAAACGAUAGACAAGCUAACAGAAUGCAUUGAACAAAUGGAUGCAGAAAACAGAGAGGCCAGAAUUGAGUAUGAAGAGAAAGAGUUGAUGCUGAAAGAAAUGGUGUGGAAGUUAGAAGCGAUGGUGAGCAAAGAAGGAGGGGUGAAACUGAAUCUGAUGAAAGAAGUGAAGCAGCUUGAAAGAAAAGUGGAGAAGUUGGAAAGGAUUGUGAAAGAGAAAGAUUAUGAGUUGAUGGGGCUUGCGGAGAAGAAGAAGGAAGCAAUAAGACAACUUUGUUCUCUGGUUGAGUUUCAUCGCAAUCGCUAUUUCUAUCUGAAGGAUUCCAUGUCCAAGAGUAAGAGGUUUUGGUAACAGAGAUUUCACUAGUCAUUGUGUUUGCUUCGAGAAACACACAUUUUGUUAAAACGUGUGCUUUCUUAGAGAAUGCUAUUUCUGUUAACUUUUAGGUACGAGGUUGUCAUGAGACAACCAACCACACUAUACCUCUUAGCUGCUACUGCCACCAAUCAUGGCAAAAAACUCCUUCUACCUUUAUGUUCCUACGUGACUAUGUUCGAUUAGAUGAAUUGUUAGAAAGUUUUGGUGUGUCCAUUUUCUUUCUUGAUA